CCAUUCUUUACAUUUCUGAUUUGUUUUCCCUGACGUUUCUCCAUUUACGAAAUCUAAAUAUCAUAAAUCAACCGAUUUCAAUUGAAGAAUCAAUUAAAGGGAUAAAGAGAAAUUGAAGAAAUAUGGAUGAGGAGUACGAUGUGAUAGUGCUGGGUACAGGUCUUAAAGAAUGCAUCCUCAGCGGUCUCCUCUCAGUCGACCGUCUAAAGGUCCUUCAUAUGGAUAGGAAUGAUUAUUAUGGUGGAGAAUCAACUUCACUCAAUCUUGUUCAGCUGUGGAAGAGGUUUAAAGGAAGUGAUAAUCCUCCAACUCACUUGGAUUCUAGUAGAGAUUACAACGUCGACAUGAUCCCAAAGUUUAUAAUGGCAAAUGGAGCUCUUUUGCGGGUCCUCAUUCAUACUAAUGUUACCAAAUAUUUGAAUUUCAAAUCUGUUGAUGGCAGCUAUGUGUACAGCAAAGGAAAGGUUCACAAGGUCCCAGCCACUGACAUGGAGGCCCUCAAAUCUCCUCUCAUGGGUAUAUUUGAAAAGCGCCGUGCUCGAAAGUUCUUCAUAUACGUCCAAGAAUACGAUGAAAAUGUUCCUAAAACACAUGAAGGGAUGGAUUUGACAAGAGUUACAACUAGAGAGCUCGUUGCAAAAUAUGGCCUUGAUGCCAACACCAUGGACUUUAUUGGUCAUGCAUUGGCUCUCCACAGAGAUGACCGCUACUUAGAAGAACCAGCUUUGGAUACUGUGAAGAGGAUGAAGCUAUAUGCGGAGUCUCUAGCACGUUUUGCCGGAGGAUCACCAUACAUCUAUCCUUUAUAUGGCCUAGGAGAGCUUCCCCAGGCAUUUGCUCGUCUUAGUGCUGUUUAUGGUGGAACCUACAUGUUGAAUAAACCCGAGUGCAAGGUAGAAUUUAACGAUGAAGGCAUGGUAAUUGGUGUGACAUCAGAGGGGGAAACAGCUAAGUGCAAGAAAGUUGUAUGUGAUCCUUCUUACCUUCACAACAAGGUAAUUUUCUCCUUCUGA